GGUGGGGGCCUCGCGCCCGCCGCCCUGGGCGCCUUCUGCGGGCUGGAUGACGUCACGGGGCCCAGGGCGGGAAAUCGCUGAGGAGCGUCGAGCCUCCUCCUCCUCAGGGCCCCGGGGGAGGCCGGAGGAGGCGCAGAGGGUGUGAACUGAAAGCAGCUGAACGUGUGGACUGUUGUAGAAAACUCACUGGACCUCUCCAGUCACAGAAGAAAUCCUCAGGAACAUUUUAUGGAAUAAGGGAAAGGAUGACGUCCGACGAACCUACCAACUUCACCUUGAUUCCCAACCAGAAAUUUAGACGAAGUAGCCGUCGGUUCAACCCUUUCUGUAAUGCCCCUGACUCAGAGUCUCAGGCGAUCUCAACACUUGGAAAUUUUAGAGUUCUGCCAUUAGAACUCUUCCAGAUGAUCUUGGAAUAUCUGACAGUGAACGAUAUUAGCAUGCUAAGCAUGGUGUCGAAAACCAUCAACCACCGGCUCAUUAAUUAUAUUCCAACCACCCUGGGAAGCAGAAGAUUUUUACUGCAAGAUUUUCAUAACUUGGAGCUGCCUAACAGGACACAAGGUUCCUGUAUAAUGGACCACUACAGAUCUCUAGGGCUGUUGUUUAAAAGGUGCACACUGCUGCUACCCACAAGAGAAAGGCUGAAGUAUGUUCACAAGAUACUCACAGAAGUUUCCUGUUUUAAACUCAGUGGUUGUUCUGUCCCAUUGAAGUGUUUAGGAUUACCAUGUUAUGGAAUGUUUUUACAGACCCUAACGGCGGGUUGGGACGAGCUGGAGUGCCAUCGAGUGUAUAACUUCCUUUGUGAGCUGACCCAUUUACCCCGAAGGAUGCAGACCGUCGUCAGCAGUAAACCAGGAGGUGCCAGAAAACUGGAGUUAAGAGUUAGAUUGUUUUGUCGGAAUGUCCUACUAGACCACUGGCCUCAUCGAAGUGAGACUGCUUUUUGGCUAACCCGUAUCUUAAAACCAUGGCCAAUAGUGAAUCAAGCACGAUUGCUCUAUAUCAUCUUUGGACCAGUCUCUCCGCGAGAGGGGCAGUUGAUCUGGCAGAAAAUGACAGAUGGACCAGCUGAUGAAAACAAUUUAAAGAGCUUGGCCAACGCCAUUAAAUUACUCUAUGAUGCCAACACUAAAGAGUGGACAGCAGAUGAUAUCGUCACUCUUAUAGAUGAAUUAUCAGUGAUUCCUCGUGAAUGGCUCCUGGAGAAUAAUGCCCGUCUUCUUAUUCUAAGUGGAAACAAUAUCUGUUUCACUUUUAUGGCUAGUAAAGCUUUGAAUGGACGGGCCUUUGAACUGGCCCGGCUGAUAAUCUUUUUGGCUUUGGUCUGCGAGAAGGAUCUGUAUUGCAUGGACUGGGCAGUAAAAAUAAUGCAGAGAGUCUGCAAAGUCUUCAGCACCCAGUUGGAAAGAAGUAACUUUCUGCAAAGUGUGGAGAACGCAUUUGCACGUAUAAUACUGGAUAUGCUGCAGUCAGUAAUGUCUGGAGACCGGGACGAUGACGAUAACAGCUUUUUGAAUUUGUUCCAUCUUGUGAAUGCACAGGCUAAUUUUCAUAAGGAAGUCCUGUUUUUGACUAUGAACUCUUCUACUUAAAUAACCUGAAGGCCAAGGUUUUAGAGACUGUCAUCCUUCUACAGUUACCGAAGAGCUGCUUUCUCCCCAUCGCGUCUUUCCAAACAAUGUCCGUUUAACUCUCUGUUCUCCAGCGGUCCUGACAUUUGAAAGUAAGUGCUUUUAGAGCUUUUAACAGCAAUGGUGACCCAAGGAUAAAACUAAACAAUGUAAUAGAUGAGUCACAAAAUGUAUCUGGGAAACUCACCGCUUCGCCACUCUCCCUGUGGUGAACGCAAGGGCCAAAAUAAAGCUUAAGGGUUGUGGUUAGGUAACUGUCCAGUAAAUCUACCACCACACAAUAGCGGAUUCUUCUUGCCGGAAUGAUUCGGCUUGGGACAGCCCUCGCUCCACGGUAUGGAGUAUAACUUUCCACCUGGCUUUGUUUAUGAAAACACGGCCCAGGAUGUUUUGUUAGGGUUGGCUAGAGAUCACUGGGACUGGAAAUGAACAGGAUGUGGAUGUUUAGGGUGGAAGUUAAUAUUCUUAAUUAUGUCCCUGAGCCAGGGUAGGCAGAAACAACACAUUCCCUGAAAUGAAUAGAUUAGAGGCUAAUAUAAAUGAAAAAUUCUUAAGACAACUUGCAAAAGUUCCAAAAUCUCCUGACGUGAUAAAAGUGGCGAGAUGAAAGAUAAAAACUCAUCUGUAGACUGGAAUUGUCAGAGAUUUUACUGAAUGGAAAUUCACCUGAAUAGCAUGAGUUCCAUCUGCUUUUUGUCGAAACUGCCUCAGUUACUGACAGCAGGAUGAUCAAGGGAGGUUAGAUAGAUGUAAACAUGGCUUUUGCUAGAUUUUGGAACUUUUUUCAUAGGUUUGUAUUCCUAUGGAAAAAAAAGUAUUUCAUUUUACACAGUCCUAAUGAGAAGCCCGUCAGAUGAUCCCUCCAAAAUGGGGGGGAGUGGGAAAAGACUAUGCACUCUAUUGAACUGUCUGAUCUUUCAGACUAAUUAAAAAAUUUUAAUGUUUAAGAUUUUGAAUAUUUGAAAUAAAAUGCAGUUCUUUGAAUCCUCCAAGUCUGAUUUUUCACAUGGUAGUAUGGAUUUGUCAUUUAAAAUAAACUUAGGCAUCGAACUUUUAAAAAUGCUUUUCCUUUUACAAUUGAUCUUGCUGAUUAAAAUUAAGGUAAUUGGGGCACAGCUGACAUGAAAGCUCAUGGUUGAGGCUGCUAACCAAUUUCCAACUAUCCUCAACAACUGAAGAUUUUGGCAAACACUUAAGCAUUUAAAAAAUGUAAGCAUUUUACUGAUAUAUGGUUGCAGGGGUUCUUCUAGCAGUGAUUUUCCCAGUUUCUUGUAGUUUCCUGAAGGCCUGUUGACAAAAUAACACACUUAGACUCAGAUAUAUUUCUACUGUUACUACUAUCACUACCAUUAAAAAUAUUUUCUUUACAAGGAAAUUUGCAAUUGAAUGUUAUCUGUGAAACUGCAGGGGUUGAGAGAAUAUAAGGCAGUGUCCCUCUUCAAAGCUUUGGUUUAAAUCAGCAGUAAUCUUGAAUUACCACUGAUCGAACCUUGAUAUCAAACUCCCCAAAUCUCUCUCCCUCAGUUUGUAAUUUAACGGUUUCAAACUACUAGGGGGUUGUAUCUGGACCUUUUAUUAUAUUAAAUGUUCCUUUAGUGUACUUUAGUACUGUUGCUUUGGAAUGCAAAAUAUUUAUUUAGAGAUGUGCCUGCUUGACAGUGAUUUUUAAAUCUUCAUCCUCAAGAAUCAAAAAAUUCUGAGCCCUUUGAAUCAAAAUUGUCACUGAAGAAUUAAAUAAUGUGAUAUUGUUUGGUUGAAAGAUAAAAUGUGGCAAUUAUUAUUAGAAUGCGAUAUUUAGAUUUUGUUGACAUUUUGUAGAAUUUUGUGCAGAAUCCGCUUUUUGGAUAUGGUAGUUUGCUUGGUAGUCCACGUUUCACCUUGUUCUUGUUUGAAAUUCCUGUAUCCAUUAUGUACUACAAUAAAACUCCUAAUGGGACA